AUGUUGGAAGAUAGUGCUGCUGUUUAUGUUACUGAUUUGAAGCUGGUUCUCCUGGGGGAGUCAUCCGUUGGGAAGUCCUCGAUCGUUACAAGAUAUAUCACAGGUAGUUUCCAAAAGACUAAUGCAACAAUAGGAGCUGCGUUCACCACGAAGACGUUGGAGUUCCCUGGGGCCGAUGGGAUAAGGAAAAAAGUGAAUUUAGAGAUCUGGGAUACAGCGGGGCAGGAAAGGUAUCGGUCUAUGGCUCCGAUGUAUUUCAGAAACACCGACAUUGCAUUGGUGGUGUUUGACGUUACAAAGCCAGAAAGCCUGCGAAAGGCGCAAAGCUGGAUUGAUGAGCUCAAUAGCUACUUUGACCAGGAUCGUCGUGAAGAGGUUUUGAUUAAGCUAGUGGGCAACAAGAUGGAUCUAGACCAUCCUCCAACCACAACCAUAGGAGAGCUACCGCUGUAUUUAGUGAGCGCCAAGACUGGGGAGGGGAUUGACGAACUAAUAGAAGAUCUGGUAAGACAGGUGCCGAUGUCAAAAUACAAGAAAGUGGAAACAUCUACCGAGAGCAAAAAUGCCGUACAUUUAGAUCUACAUCGAAAUACCAGAAUGGGCUCUGCAUGUUGUUAA